AUGGAUGGCGCUUCUACUUCGUCGGGAGCGAUGCGUGCGCUGUCCGUGGAGUUGAGGGGGCUGCAGACUUCACCGGUAGAGGGCUUCACAAUCAGUGCGAACGAGGACAACCUCUUCCUUUGGACCGUCGGAAUUUUCGGACCGCCACAGACUUUAUACCAGGGAGGGUACUUCAAAGCAACCAUUCGCUUCCCUCAGAACUACCCAUAUUCUCCUCCGACAGUGAAGUUCUUGUCCAAGGUCUGGCAUCCAAACGUUUACGAGAACGGUGAUCUCUGUAUCUCGAUCCUUCAUGCACCUGUGGACGAUCCGCAAAGUGGCGAGCUGGCUUGCGAGCGCUGGAAUCCGACGCAGAGUGUGCGCACGAUCCUGUUAUCCGUCAUUUCGCUACUCAACGAGCCGAAUACGUCGUCGCCAGCCAAUGUGGAUGCCUCGGUGAUGUUCCGCAAGUGGAAGAACGGGGAGGACGACCAAUAUGCACAGAUUAUCAAGAAACAAGUGGAAGAUUCGAAAGAAGAAGCCGCCAAGGACGGAGUCAAAGUACCCGAAACCUUGGAGGAGUACUGCAUCAAGACUCGUGCUGCUCCGGACGAGGUGAUCGAUGAUUUUGAAGAUUUCUACGGAUACGAUGACGAAAGUGACGGUGGCGAGUUCGAAGAGGAAGGUGCUACCGAUUCGGGUCAAGGCGAAAAU